CUCUGUGUUACAGCAGGGAGGAUUCUGCUCCAGAGCCACUCCUGUGCCCGUCUGCUCACUGCUCCUGCCGCAGGCUGCAUUCUCUGAACCUGUCUUCAACCAGUCAAGAUGAGAAUAAGUGGUACCCUGAGCAAGCAGAGGAGGUACAGAGGCUUGUUCUCAAGAGGAACAUGGUUCUUUUCUUCCUAUCCUGAAAUGGAGCUUGAAUCUAUGACAGUAAAUGUAACCAUCCAGGACUUUGUGGCUGAUGUGGUAUCUGAGAUGUUCUUCUGCAAUAAGCAGCAAAUCUCUAGGGAGAUCAUGUUCAUCUUUCCUGUGGACUCUGACACUGUUGUACACACCUUCCAUGCCACUAUGGGGGACACUCGUGUUGAAGCAAUGCUCUGGGACAAGAAGGAGGCACAGCAGCUGUACAAAGCCACUCCAGGCAUGGAAAAUUUGAGAUAUCUGCAGGAUCAGUGGGAUCUUUGGGGUCCAGUGUUCGCUUGUUUUUUGGGGACUGUGCCUCCUAAUGGAGAGGUGGCCAUCAGCCUGUGCUAUGUCCAGGAGCUUCCACUGCAUCCUGAUGGAGCUGCCAAGUUUUGCUGGCCAAAGAAGCUAUUUCCCCAACAAAAAUUCAUCAGACAGUACCUAUCUGAAGAGGAGAUAUCAGAAAAUCUGUACUUCAGAAUCCGUCUGCAGUCAGCCCGUGGUGUGUCACAUAUCGAUGUUAACAGCAGCUGCACCCCUCUGCAGUACACAGCUCCAGAUUGGACAUCUGCUGAGGUUUCAUUGAAAUCAUCACCCUGUCUCUCUGAUAAAUUGGAAUUGUUGGUGUAUUAUGGAGGACCUCACAAUCUCAGUGCUGUGGUGGAGAGCAGAGACCCCAAAGCUGCACCUGGUUCUCUGCUGGGGGACCCUGUGGUGAUGGUGACACUGAAACCCAGCAUUCCUGAAGUGAUGCCCAGCCCAGGCCAUCUUGGGGAAUUCCUCUUUCUCAUGGACUGCAGUCUCUACCAGGAUGCACAGAACACACUGCUCUUCCUCCUCAAGAGUUUGCCUCUGGGUUGCUACUUCAACAUCUACAGUUUUGGGGCCACUUUCAAAGUCUUCUAUCCGCAAAGUGUGGAAUACACGCAGGAAACCAUGGACAAUGCUGUGGGACGCAUCUCUUCCAUCUGCCCUGAUCUUGGGGGCUGUGAUCUCCUGGGUCUCCUAAGGUCUAUCUACAGCACCCCUCUCCUUCGUGGACUUCCUCGCCAGCUCUUCAUAUUCAUCCAAAGGAAGGUCUCCAGUGAAGAGCAAGCUAUCAUGGCUGAGGUUCACCGUUACCGGGACUACCAUCGGUGUUUCUGUUUUCCUACAGACAAGUGUGAGAGCUUUUACAUUUCCCAGGCCAUUGCUCUGGAGACCAAAGGCAAAUGUGUGUGCAUCCACUCCAAGAUGACCAUGACAUCCGAGGCAGUGAAAUGCCUGCAGCAGGCCCUGCAGCCCCUGGCAAGUGAGAUCUCACUACACUGGGACCUUCCACCAGGCUUGGAGGUGACAGUGAUCAGAAAAGCUCCUGAGAGGAUCUUCCAGGGACAUCAGAGCAUCAUCUAUGCCCAGAUCCAUGGGCAAGCACAGGAUCCAGAGGCGGAUGUGGCAACUGUGACCCUUCAGUAUCGUGUGGGCAGCCAGCCCUUUCAUUACACACUCAGGUUCUCAAUGUCCCCAUCAGCAGAUGACAGGUUUCCUGUGCACCGCAUAGCCAUGAUGCAUCUGCUGUGGAAACUGGCCUGGCAGGAGACAAGCAAGUCAGAAAUGGAAGACAUCUGGCACAGUGCAGUUAAGCUCAGCCUCAGCCUGGGGGUCCCCUCUGCCUUCACAUCAGUUGUGGCAGUACGCAUGGAACAGAGGGAUACUGGGCACCGUGAUUCUUUGCUUGCAGAUCCUUCCAUGCUUCUUUCUCCCUCUUGCAAUCUGGUUCCCUGCCAGCUCCUCUGGUUGUGUGGCUCCAGACCUGUAUGGUUCAAGUCCACCAAAUUUUGGAUAGUCCAGAAGUUCCAGCUCUGUCUCGAGACGCUGAGUCCGAAGGCCUCUCACACUGAGGUAUUGUCCCAGCUUUCAGCACACUGUAAAGAGCAGGAGUCUUCCCCUGAAGAGCAGAUGAUGGAAGAACCAACAGCUUUUAACACCAGUUGGGACUGGACAAUUUCACCACUGUCAACAAAACUGUGUAACUUCUCGAGUAUCAGGGUAGUAGUGGCACUCCAGAAAGCAAAUGGGUCCUGGGCCCUCACCUCAGCCCUGAUCUCUGCCUUGGGGCUCAGGAAGGCUGAUGUUGAGGGACAAAGUCUCAGUAAGGAUGUGAAGCCAGUUUUGGCCACAGUUUUGGCCUUAGUGUGGUUGCACCAGUAUAAAUGGAGAGUAUCCUGGUCAGAACUUCUGGAGGCCAAAGCUCGUAGGUGGCUGUGGGACAGAACUGAGUUCCAUCUGGAUGAAUGUCUGGAAGCAGCGAAUUCCCUCCUAGGCUGUUUUGUAGAGCCCAUCAUCUUCAGGAUCUGAACUUCCCCAUGCUACAGGGGGUGGGCAAGGGAUACAGCCAGGACAGCUGAUGAACAGAAGGGGGGGGAGGGAGGAGAGGAGGGGAAGAACUUGGAGAAGUUAGGGAUGGGGUCAGGGGAUGUUGUCUUUUAAGGUAAAAGCUGCUUAGAAAUUAACUGGAUGAUUACUUGUGGAAGAUGGUGAUUAUCUUUACAUCAGAAGUUAUUACCUAUACAUAAUUCAUGGGGUUUUUUUUCCUCUUUCCUCACUUACUAAACUGUCUUUAUCUCAACAUGAGUUCUUUUGCUUUUGAUCUUUCUAUUCUCUUCAUCAUGCUGCUGUGGGAGUGAGGGAACUGAAACGUGUAUGUUCUGUGUAAACCUAAGGAAAAAUUUAUGCAGAAUAUGUGAAUCUGCACACUCUAUGCCAUGCCAGCCCUGGCCAUUAUGAAGCUAUGUAGAGAUCCUCAGUUUACAGUAUGAGCCAAGGAUCAGCACAGUCCACACAGCACUAUCCCAAAACUAGGAAAUAAAUAGUAAAAAGAUGCAUUCCUUAAACAUAGGGCCAAGUAAAAAGUUUUCGUAACUAGUAAGCUGCCACAAAAUGUCCAGAGCAAAACAUCCAUAUGCAGACAGCUUCAUGGGAAUGAAAACUGACCUGCGAUAACUCCCUGUAUGGUAACUACUGAGUCACAGCCUCAACCACUGAUUGAGCACUUGGGCAAAAGUCCCAGUCAGCCCUGGGAGCACAGGUGAAAGCAAUUUACCUGUGUGACAGGAAGGGGUGGAGCCUGGCUGCACCUCUCUUAGACCUCAUUUAAGGGCUGACUGUGACCAACUGCUGACUGCUAUCUCUUCUUGGAUAUUCCUCAGUGAAGCUUUCAUUUGCAAACCUAGAUUCUUCAGGUACAGGUCCCUGUGCCCAGACAGAGCAGAUGUCUAACAGCAGCUCCACCACUAAGUUCCUUCUCCUGGCAUUCACAGACACACGGCAGCUGCAGCUCCUGCACUUCUGGCUCUCCCUGGGCAUCUACCUGGCUGCCCUCCUGGGCAAUGGCUUCGUCAUCACAGCUGUAGUCUGUGAUCAUCAUAUGCACACUCCCAUGUACUUCUUCCUCCUUAACCUUGCCUUCUGUGAUCUGGGCUCCAUCUCCACCACUCUUCCCAAAGCCAUGUCCAACUUCCCCUGGGACAGUGGGGCCAUCUCAUACACAGGAUGUGCUGCACAAGUAUUUUUUCUCUUUAUCUGUACUACAGCUGAGUGUGCUCUUCUUACUGUCAUGUCCUGGGAUAAUCCUCAUGGGAUUGUCACCAGCAGAGACCAGCCUAGCAUGGUAACAGUG